GGCGAGCGCAGAAAAACGACACCGCGAGAAAAAUUAGUAUUUUUGCACUUCACAAAUUAAUGACCAUGAGCUCGUUUUUGAUAAACUCCAACUACAUCGAGCCCAAGUUCCCUCCCUUCGAGGAGUUCGCACCGCACGGUGGCCCGGGCGGUGGGGACGGCGGCGUGGGCGGGGGUCCGGGCUACCCGCGGCCUCAGAGCGCCCCGCACCUGCCGGCCCCGAACCCGCACGCGGCCCGCCAGCCCCCCGCCUACUACGCGCCGCGGGCGCGCGAGCCCAGCUACCCCGGGGGCCUGUACCCCGCGCCCGCCGCCGCCUGUCCCUACGCCUGCCGCGGGGCCAGCCCCGCGCCACCCGAGCAGUCCCCGGCCCCCGGCGCGCACCCCAGCCCGGCCCCGCAGCCCCCUGCGCCCCCUCGGCGCUGCGCUCCCGGCCCCACCACCCCGGCUGUCGCGACGGGGGGCAGCGCCCCCGCGUGCCCGCUGCUGCUGGCGGACCAGGGCCCGGCGGGCCCGAAGGGCAAGGAGCCGGUGGUGUACCCCUGGAUGAAGAAGAUCCACGUGAGCGCCGUCAACCCCAGUUAUAACGGAGGUGAGCCAAAGCGCUCUCGAACCGCCUAUACCCGGCAGCAAGUCUUGGAGCUGGAGAAGGAAUUCCACUUUAACCGCUACCUGACCCGGCGCCGCCGCAUCGAGAUUGCCCACACGCUCUGCUUGUCCGAGCGCCAGGUCAAGAUCUGGUUUCAGAACCGGAGAAUGAAGUGGAAGAAAGACCACAAACUUCCCAACACCAAGAUGCGAUCUUCCAACCCUGCCUCGGCCCCUGCCGGCCCGCCUGGGAAAGCACAAACUCACAGCCCACACCCCCAUCCCCACCCUCUCCCUGGUGCUUCCACACCCAUUCCCUCCUCCAUAUAAUCUAGAGACCUAGAUCAGUUUCCGUCACGUAUGUGCCCUACUCAUCUCCUGCUCCUGUCCUCAUCUGCUCCUUCCUAAGUAAAUAUGAGACACCAAAACAAAAUCCAACUUGCUGGAAACCAUAACCAAAAAAGAUGACAGUAUCCCUGCUUGGUGUCGGUGUGUGACCCCCCAAGAGGACGUCUGUCCUGGUUACUGCUUAAUGGAAGAACCUGCUGACCUGGACAGCUUUGCCAGGGUUGGACACCUGUAAGGAAACACUGGCCAUCGACUACCUUUGAGUCAGCCAGACAGCACGUGCUGACUGGGGGCUCAGACUUGUAUGUUUGUUGCAAGCAGAAGCAGCAAGCCGGUUGGUUCCCAGCUUCCUUACCUUCCUCUUCUGCAUUAAAGCAGCUCACAUGAGCUUUACUGAGUAGACAUUGUGGACCUCACCAGAUUAUUUAAUUCUCAAAGUGUGUAGACCUUGAUGGUAGGUGUGGCAUGUAGUUUCCUCUCCUUGCAUUUAUUUAAGAUACUGUCAUAGAGAUAUUGUUGUCUUAUUCUGGGGCACACAGUCUUGGGGAGAGGGAAAUGCAUUUAGAUCCACUUGCAAACUGUACAGAGCGAAAUGGUUGUAUAAAGAGGAAUGUGCUAAGAAUAAACUUCAAUU